AUGGCCUCUUUGCUUCUUCGUCGGAGACUCUCACUUUUAGGCCUUUCUUGUUCUCUCCAACGUGAUAAUGUGGAGCUAUGUUGGGUUCCCUGGGAACGGAAGUUUGGUAGUUCGUUUAAGAUUUGUGGUUGCUUAAGGCAGUUCAGCAGUUCCAGCGGUGCAAUGAAGUUUGAUUUUACAGAUCUUACUCGGCCUCAUACAUGGUACCCCAGUGCUCGAAAAAAGAAGCGGCUCGUUGUUUUACAUGUAGGUCCCACAAAUAGUGGUAAAACACAUCAUGCUCUGAAGAAACUGGAGUCCAGUUCUUCUGGUAUUUAUUGUGGACCAUUGAGAUUGUUGGCAUGGGAGGUGGCAAAGCGGUUGAACAAGGCUGAAGUUCCUUGUGAUCUCAUUACGGGACAAGAAAGAGAGGAAGUUGAUGGUGCAAAGCACAAGGCCGUGACAGUUGAGAUGGCUGACGUAACUGCUGAAUAUGACUGCGCUGUUAUUGACGAGAUUCAGAUGUUAGGGUGUCGGACAAGGGGUUUUUCAUUCACUCGUGCUUUAUUGGGAAUUUCUGCCAACGAGCUUCACCUUUGUGGAGAUCCAGCUGCUGUACGUUUAGUUCAGGAAAUACUUAAAGUUACUGGUGACAAUGUUGAGGUUCAAUGUUAUGAGAGGCUUUCACCUCUUGUUCCUUUGAAGGUUCCUCUUGGUUCUUUUUCAAACAUACGAACUGGUGACUGCCUUGUCACCUUCUCACGUCAGAAGAUAUACAGAUUGAAGAAAGACAUUGAAAAUGGAGGAAAGCAUCUUUGUUCUGUAGUUUAUGGCUCACUGCCUCCAGAGACUCGAACGAGACAGGCUACAAUGUUCAAUGAUGCAAGCAGUGAGUUUGAUGUUCUUGUAGCAAGUGAUGCAAUUGGGAUGGGUCUCAAUCUUAACAUUUCUAGAAUCAUAUUUUCGAAAUUGGAGAAAUUUGAUGGUGUGGAAAUGAGGGAACUCACAGUGCCGGAGAUCAAACAAAUUGCGGGCAGAGCUGGCAGGUAUGGAUCUAAAUUUCCUGUUGGUGAAGUGACUUGUCUAGAUGCAGAAGAUCUACCCUUACUUCAUUCAUCACUGAAUUCCCCCUCUCCCAUUCUAGAGCGUGCUGGAUUAUUUCCAACCUUUGAUUUCUUGUUUAUGUAUUCUCGUAUACAUCCAAAAAGUGGUCUUCAUCAGAUACUGAAGCUUGAGGAAUUCAAAUAUAUGCAAAAGUAA